AUGCCUGAGAGGACCUGGGAGCUGCGCCUGCUGAUUCUGCUGGGCCUGGCGCUGGGGUCCCAGGAGGCCCUACCCCCACCCUGUGAGAGCCAGAUUUACUGCUACGGGCCGCUGCUGCACCAAGUUCAGAUGGCCAAGCUCUACAAAGAUGACAAGGAGUUCGUGGACAUGCCACUGUCCUCAGCUCCGGACCAAGUCCUGAAGCGCUUCGACCAGCUGGCCAACACCUACAACCACAGCAUCCCCCGGCAGCAGCUGCAGGUGUUCCUCAGAGAUCACUUCCAGGUCGUGGGGCAGGAGCUGCAGCCCUGGAUCCCUGGGGACUGGAAAGACAGCCCCCAGUUCCUACAGAAGAUCUCGGACUCCAAGCUACGAGUCUGGGCAAAGCAGCUGCACCAGCUCUGGAAGGAGCUGGGAAAGAAGGUGAAGCCAGAGGUCCUCCAGCACCCUGAGCGGUUCUCCCUGAUCUACUCACGGCACCCCUUCAUUGUGCCUGGCGGGCGCUUUCGCGAGUUCUACUACUGGGACUCCUACUGGGUGGUGGAGGGUCUGCUCCUCUCUGAGAUGCCCGAGACGGUGAAGGGCAUGCUGCAGAACUUCCUGGACCUGGUGAAAACCUAUGGACACAUCCCCAAUGGGGCCCGCGUGUACUACCUGCAGCGCAGCCAGCCCCCGCUCCUCACCCUCAUGAUGGACCGCUACGUGGCUUACACCAGCGACACCGCCUUCCUACGGGACAACAUUGGGACCCUAGCCUUGGAAUUGGACUUCUGGACUGAGAACAGGAACGUCUCUGUGAGCUUGGGGGGAAAGAGCUACGUCCUGAAUCGCUAUUAUGUCCCUUUUGGGGGACCCAGGCCAGAGUCUUACAGCAAAGAUGCCGAACUGGCAGGCACCGUGCCGCCAGGCGACCGGGAGGCUCUCUGGGCUGAGCUCAAGGCUGGGGCUGAGUCUGGUUGGGACUUCUCUUCACGCUGGGUCUUCGGAGCCCCAAACCCCCAUUCGCUCAGCGGCAUCCGAACCAGCAAACUUGUGCCUGUUGACCUCAAUGCCUUCCUAUGUCAGGCAGAGGAGCUAAUGAGCAACUUCUACACCAGCUUGGGGAAUGACACUGAAGCCACAAAGUACAGGAACCUGCGGGACCAGCGCUUGGCAGCCAUGAAGGCUCUCCUUUGGGAUGAGAAGAAGGGUGCCUGGUUUGACUAUGACCUUGAAAACCAAAAGAAGAACCAAGAGUUUUACCCAUCCAACCUUGCUCCCCUCUGGGCCGGCUGCUUCUCUGACCCAGGUGUCGUGGACAAGGCCCUGAAGUACCUGGAGGACAGCCAGAUCCUGACCUACCAACAUGGGAUCCCAACCUCUCUCAGGAAGACGGGCCAGCAGUGGGACUUCCCCAAUGCCUGGGCCCCCCUACAGGACCUGGUCAUCAGAGGUCUGGCCAAGUCGCCUUCACCCAGGACCCAGGAAGUGGCUUUCCAGCUGGCGCAGAAUUGGAUCCAAACCAACUUUGAUGUCUACUCCCAGAAGUCAGCCAUGUUCGAGAAGUAUGACAUCAGCAACGGAGGACAGCCAGGUGGUGGAGGGGAGUAUGAAGUUCAGAAAGGGUUUGGCUGGACCAAUGGAGUGGUCCUGAUGCUCCUGGACCGUUAUGGUGACCGGCUGAGCUCAGGAGCCCAGACAGCUUUCCUGCAGCCCCACUGCCUCAUAGCUGCCCUUCUGCUCAGCCUCCUGCCACAGUGA